CCCUGCAGGCGCCCUCAAGGGAGUGGGAAUGGGUUGCGCUUCCUCCGUAAAGAAUGAGCGCAUUGCAGAAGAAAACUUCGUUUCAGACACUGUUACAGUUUUUUAUGAAAUGGUAAUAAACAUCUCUACUGACAAUUUACGGAAGAUGUUACAGUGUAUCGAUUAACAUUCGAUAAGGGGAAUCAAAAUGGGAAAAUUGCAAUCAAAACAUGCUUGUACACGAAGAGAAAACCCAGAGGGAGGUGCGUUCAAGGAGGCUGUUGAAUGUAUUGAAGUCGACAGAAACGGAGAUAAGCAGGAUCUGUGUGGUAAAGAUCUAAAAGAAGAUGGUUUGUCACAUCAUUUAUGUGCACUAGAGGAUCGUGACAUCAAAACAUUAAGGGAUGAACAAGAUCAUAUGAAGGACAGCAUACGGUGUGCAGAGGGACAACCUUCACAUAUCAGAGGACAGAACUCCUGCAACAUGGGUGUUCCAGAGAGAAAGCACUACUCUGUAGAUGAGAACACAGAACGUAGGAACCACUAUCUGGAUCUGGCUGGGAUUGAGAACUACAGUUCCCAGUUUGAAGCUGAACCAUCCUCUGAGGACGUCCCUUACCGUGGCCAUGAGCGCCGCUCUCACAUCAAGCACCACAGCUCCGGGGAAACCUCUGGGAGGUCGGUUUCUUUCCUCAGGUCCCUUAGUAGCCGUAGCAAGUCGAUCGGUGGAGGUGGCGGCACAGCCAAACUCCAUGGAUAUCAUCCGGUGACCUGGUGCCAACCAUCCCAGCAGCACAGCUCCAGCAAACGCAUCCGCACCAGGGUCCGUGACAUCACAGCAUCUUCCAGAGCAAAUCAGGGUAUGCAUAGAGAGUUGCAGCCCGGACAAGCUGUUCCUCCAGGGGGCUUUAUAUAUGUUCCACAAAGACAUGAACACUAUCAUCACCAUGAACAUCAUCAUCACCAUUAUCAUCAUUACCAUCCAACAUAAGAUUUCCGAAAAUGUCGCAAAUGUCAAGUGAGUGACUAGUAGCAAAGUAGCCUAUAUUUUUAUUCAUGUAAAUUAAAAGUGUAUAAGUAUGUUUAAAUAAUAUACAGUUCUUCACAGCGAUGCCAUAGAAGAACCAUUUUUUGGUUUCACAAAGAACCGUUUAGGCACACGUUCUUUAAAGAACCAUCUCUUUCUUACCUUUUUAGAAUCUGAACAAUCAAUUUUUGCCACAAAGGACCUUAGAUGGCAUCGUGAAGCACUUUUAUUUUUAAGAGUGUAUGAACAUUUUAACAAUAAAAAGGACUGUACUAC